AUGCCAGCCGGGGACCUCACGGAGGUGGCGCAGGGCGGCGCGACGCUGUCGGGCGGCCAGAGGGCCCGCGUCGGCCUCGCGCGGGCGGUGUACCAGGCGGCGCUCGGGCUGCUGGACAGGCCAGGGGCCCCGCCGCUGGUCCUGCUGGACGACGUGCUCUGCGCCCUGGACCGCCGGGUCGCGACCGAGGUGGUCGGGGCCCUGCUGGCGCCGGACGGGCUGCUCGCCGGCUGCGGCGUCGUCGUCGCCACCGCGGACCCGUGGUGGCUGGAUGUCAUCCCGGUGAGCGCAGAAGCAGGCGGCGCCGCCCUGCGGGUGCUCGUCCUCCGCGGGGGCCGCGCGGUGGCGCUGGGCGCGCCGGCGGAGGUGCUCCUGGGCCUGCCUGAGCUGGAGGGGGCGGCCCCUCCGACGGGCGCGGGGCCUGCGGGCGACGGCCGCCCAGGAGGGGCCCCCGAUGGCAUCUCGGCCAGGGACCAGCGCUGGCCCACGGGCGGGAUGAACCCGCAGGAGGACUCGCACGAGGAGGACGAGGCGGAAGAGAAGUCGAAGGGGGACCCGCCGGCGGCAAAUGUUUGCCAAGAGCAGGCCUUGGCCAAGGGGGGCGACUACGACCAGAAGGCGGCCCGCUCCCCGGGCCCGGAGUUCGAAACGCUGUGCAAAGUUACGCGGACUGUGGGCGGCUUAGUCUCUAAUCUGGACUCUCGCCCUGUAGAUUUCCGCAACAGUCUCGACCAGAAGGUGCAAGUGCGCAGCAGCUGCAAGGACGGAGCGUCUGUUCCGCCGCCGCUGGAGGGCCGCCAAGAGAGCGACGGCCACAUCGAUACGGACCGCAAGCGCGUCGAGGUGCGCCUUUUGUGCGGCUACGGCGUCGACCUGGACGUUCUCCCCGCGGUCGACGGUGAGGUCUUGCACCUCGAGGUCUUGCUCUUCGCGCAGCGGUUCGCUGCACAGUGGUCCCACACACUCACGCGGGACGUCGUCCAGCGAGCCGCCGCAACGGUGCCGUGUUCGAAUGCCGCCGCAGGACCAGCAGCCGCGCCCCGCUCGGAAGAGUGGCACGGCAAGGACGAGAAAACCAGCAAGGACAAGGGCCAGGGCAAGGACAAGGGCACUCCCGAGCACGAGGGCCUGGCGGCGGAGGUGAAGUACAAGCAGCUGGGCAAGAUCGCAGCGAUCGCCCACGCGUGCUUGAAGGCCCCCGAGAAGAUCGACGCGCUAGAGGCGUUGUCGUCGCGCCCGCUCUCCGAGAUCAUGGGCGACUCGCAGAAGAAAUUCAAGAAGCUAGAGCAGGUGGCGGCGAACCUCAAUGAGGCGGGGUCGUUCUCGAACGUCACGCACGUUGCAGACAUCCCGCCCGCUUGGUUCUUCGCCCUCUUCGAGAAGGCGCAGGGCCGCCCCGUCCCCCAGUGGCAGCAGACUGCUAUCUGCGCCACGUCGGGGCUCAUGAUGAAGCAAAUCGUGCACUACUUGCUCGGACCGCUCCGCUGCCUUUUAGGAACACCGCCGAAUUUGAAGGUCGACGGCGCGCUCCAGAAGAAAGAUGUGUGCGCCAGGUGGAUGCUCGGGCUCAUCAGAGACAGGGGCCUCCUCACCAAGGAGGGCGGUUUCUUCGAGAAGAGCGUCACCGAGAUCGGCGUGACGUGGAAGGCGCCGCACUGCGUCUACCACCACACCGUCGACGACAGCGGCGACGAGGAGGUGCACUAUCUCGAGGACCUCGUCAACAAGGUGAAGAGGAAGUUGGCCGAGCCUUUGCCCAAAGGCAGCGCCGCUUGCCCCUUCUCCGUCGCCCCUCUCGCACGGCGCGACGUCGUUGUUGCGUCGCCGCUCGCGUCGCAGUUUGUUCGGGCUUCUGGCAGGUAG